CCCGGCGAUGCGGAGCGGGGGUCCACGGCGCCGCCGGGUCGGGAGCGGCCGCGAGGGAGCGGCGAUGCGCUGAGCCCCGCGGUAACCGUGCGGGCCGAAGGGCGCGGGAGGCGGCGACGGCGGGGCGCGCCUGCCUGCCAUGGCGAGCCGGGGCUCUGGCUCCUCGGAGCACCUGGAGCGGUUGCAUGAGAUCUUCCGGGGGCUGCACGGAGACUUGCGGGGGGUGCCGGAGCGGCUGCGGGGCAGCGCGGCCGAGGAGAGAAAAAAACUAGUUCGAGAAUUUGAUGAGAAACAGCGUGAAGCAAAUGAAACACUGCGGGAGAUGGAGGAAGAAUUGAAAUAUGCUCCUCUGCCUUUCCGCAACCAAAUGAUGAGCAAAAUCCGGGCUUACAGAAGAGACCUCUCCAUGUUCCAGAGAGAGAUAAGAAGUACAGAUUUGGGAUUGGGCCCUGGAAGUCAAGGAGAUAUAAAAUAUGGAAUCUUCUCCACUGAAAAUGAACAGAGUACUAAUCUGCAGUCACAGAGGGUGCUGCUUCUCCAGGGGACAGACAGCCUAAACCGAGCCACUCAGAGCAUUGAGCGCUCACACCGAAUUGCUGCUGAAACAGAUCAGAUUGGUACUGAUAUAAUUGAAGAACUGGGAGAGCAGCGAGAGCAACUGGAACGCACCAAGAGCAGAUUGGUGAAUACAAGUGAAAACUUAAGCAAGAGUCGUAAAAUUCUGCGUACUAUGUCCAGGAGAGUAACCACAAAUAAGUUGUUGCUAUCAGUCAUCAUCAUCCUGGAACUAGCCAUCCUGGGAGGUGUGGUCUACUACAAAUUCUUUCGCAGCAGAUGAAUUUUCAUGGCUGAGAUGAAUUUUUCUACUGCUGAGGAACAGAGUGGGAUGUCUGUUCCCUUUGACUGCCUAAGGGUUGAACUGUAUCAUGUGACAACAUGUUCAACUGAAACUGUACUAACUCUAGAAAGACACUGAAUGGGAGUAAAAGGAAAAUGCACAGACAGACUUGAACUACUGGUAAGAUUUAUAAGAAGGUAAUAAAUGUUUUAUUGUCUCAGUUUGUAUAUACUUAACCGAAUGAAUAAAAAUUGGUAUAUAAUACAGUAGCCACUGA